AUGGUGGGUGUUCCAGGUAUGGUCUUGGGAGGUGUAGCUGGCUUGGCAGUGGCCACGGUUGCUGUUCCAGCAGCACUGGGAACAGCAGGUUUCACUGGAGCUGGAAUUGCAGCUGGCUCUCUGGCUGCAAAAAUGAUGUCAACAGUGGCCGUCGCCAAUGGUGGAGGAGUAGCAGCUGGGAGCGCUGUUGACGUGCUUCAGUCAGUCGGUGCUGCUGGGCUGUCCGCUGUUGGGGCAAACGAGUUGGGGGGGGGAGGAACGAUCCCCCAGACAAAAUGCAGGAAUGUUUCCAGCACUUCUCCCCGACGUCUUCAUGACCCGUGCCUUCUAGACACCGGGCACAUAUUCAGAUAUCUUGCAGAGUAA